GGCGGCGAUGCGUAAGUUUUUGAUGUUCAAUAAUUCCGUCGUUCGCUUCUCCGAUCGUGAUUCCCAGGCGUAAAUAAGUCGACUUCAUCGACUAAGACGAAACUAUGGCAACUAAUUAUGCUGCUAUUCCACGUGGUGAUUAUUCCAGUGAGGAGGAAGAAGAAGAAACUGAAGAGUCUAAUCUAGAAGUGGAACUGACUAACUUUCGUCAGCAAUGGCAGGCUGAAUUGAUUGGAAGCUCCAACAGAGCAUCUACUGAUAAUGCCAGAACUGGAAGAAGAUCAAGAAACAAUAGUCAGAAUGAAGAUCCUGAAAUUCUUGAAAAGGAGGCAAAAUAUCUCUUCCUGCAAGGUGUGAAUGCAGAGAAAAAUGGUACAUUAUAUGAAGCCAUCAGAUAUUACAGACAAGCUGUACAACUUGUUCCAGACAUAGAAUUCAAAAUUAAGGACUAUGUUGUUAGCAUACCAUCAGCUGCUUCAGCUCUGGCCAAGAAUGAGGGCAAUGAGGAGAUCAGUUCUCCAGAUGAAAAAUUAGACAACCUAUCCAAGGAUCUACAAGAGAUGUGUAUAUCAGGCAUGAAACAUCAUUGUGAAUCAGCACGCCCACAGACGUCUACUCAUAUAUCGUCUUUACCAGUUGAGGUGUUGAUGUACAUCUUCCGAUGGGUUGUAUCCUGUGAGUUAGAUAUGAGAUCAUUAGAACAACUUUCUCUGGUUUGUAAAGGAUUCUACAUAUGUGCCAGAGAUUCAGAGAUCUGGAAACUUGCUGCAACUAGGAUUUGGGGUGUUAACUGUCGUUUAACUAAGGAACACCCCUCCUGGAGGAGUGUCUUUAUACACCGGCCACAUCUACGUUACUGUGGGGUGUACAUCAGUAAAUCAUCCUAUAUCAGACAUGGUGAGCAGUCUUUAGAUAUGUUUUACAGACCCUGGCACACUGUUGAAUAUUAUCGAUAUAUUAGAGUGUUCCCUGAUGGUGAACUAGAGAUGCUGACUUCACCUAACAAUCCCCAUAUCAUAAUCCCAAAGAUGAAAUCUAAACAGGCCAAAUUACCAGGUCUUUUAAGUGGCCAUUACAGAAUAGCCGGAGAUAAAGUUAUCGCUGUCUUUCAUAAAAUUGAAUUUAAGGUGUAUGACCAGGCACUGAAACGUUACAAAAGACAUCAAAAUCAUACCCAGCUAGACUAUGAACAAACAUUUCAUGUGGAACUGACUAUAGAGAAGGUUGGUGGUAAAUCUUAUUCUAAACUAACCUGGAAUGGAUAUUCAUGUCGCACAAAUUACAAAUCAACUGGACAGUUAUCUGUUGCAGAGUUUGACUUAAAUUGUCAGCACUAUCCACCUUUCUUUUUCUCAAGAGUGAAAAGUUAUACUGCAAACGCUACCAGUCCUCUGAUGUAACAACAACGUACAUGUAUAACCACCUUUUUAGCUCCGCUGUCGACUUUGCUGAGCGGAGCUUAUCAUAUGAGUGAUUGUCCAGCGUCUGUCGUCCGUGUCAACUUUUUACUUUUUCGACUUCUUCUUGAAAAAUACAAGCCUAAAUGCUUUCAUACUUGGUGUGUAUGUACCUUAGGUAGACCUCUUUUAGAUUUGUUCAUUUCAUGAUGUUUUCUUUAAUUCUCUAAUUUUGGUGAAUAUUUAUUAAUAAUACAGUAGUCACACAAUCAAUAUAAUAAGGCAGUUCAUAUUUGUCUCAGUAAAUCAUUAAUUUUUGACAUACACCUGUAC